UACAGCGACAUCGAAAUCUCAGAUUGUGCACGUGAUCACACUUUCAGUUGUUCCACUCUGGCCGUGCACACGCCUGGGGAUCAUUCUUCCCCUUCUGUGUUACAUCUUCCCAACCUUCAUCCUCAAAAAGGAUGCUUUUGCAGCCCAUAGCGGGGCCAAUAUAGUUCCAAAUGCCAGCAGCACCAAUCGCAGGAACAAGGGAUCUUCCCUUAAGUUUUACGUCAUUCUUUGCACCUCCUCCAAUAAACGCAAAAAAUGUUGCAUCACAAUAUGCACGAACAGAUCAACAAAGUUGGAUGGCAAGGAAUGGGGCAACAGAAUCAAUAAUGAAUGAAACUGCGGCUGCGCUGGCGAUGAAGAAGAAUAAAAAACGAAAGAGAGUAGCAAAUCAGGGAAAUGAAAAUGAUGCAGAUGCAAUGGUAGAAAGUGAUGUAGACGAUGAAGAGGAAGAUGGAGAAGAAGAAGCAGCAGAGGCAUCAACAUCUUCCAACACGAUUGUCAUAUAUCCCGGAUCUCACUAUCUUCGGAUAGGACUAUCGUCCGAUUUGGCGCCUAUAGAAGUACCGCAUGUACUGGCGAGAAGAGACGGACUAAAAGUAGCGAAAGAACAACAAAGCACAGAUGGAGGCGAAGAGGCAGCAGCCGAUUCAGGUAAUAAUGCUGCUCUUAUCGCAGGGACAGAUGCUUUACGUGCUGAUUUGAAGUCGAUCUUGCGGAAUAUGAAGCUGAGGCCGGUCGCAAAUGGACGUCAACAAACAGCCAACUAUAAUGCCAGUGUCAAACCGGAGAAGCUAGCAGAGCAUCAAGACGUCUUCGCCGUAGAUUGGACACAAUCCAAGAGCGUGAAGGAGAACGUCAUCCUCGGAGAAAAGGCUGAGAGACUUGAUUGCUUCUCUUCUGGCAAGCAACAGGAAGACGAAAAGACAUGGAAGCUGUUCUAUCCAUUUAAGGGUGGGCAUCUCAACUACGAAGAAUAUGCAAAGCAUUACGGAACAUAUGCAUGUCAUGCUGCAAUGAUGAAUGACGUGAUAACGGUGUGGUCACAUGCUAUCUCAGCACCAAAAGAUGUGGAAAAAGAGACCGCAAGUCAAGUUAUCGACCAAGGACUUGGGAUACCUUCAAGUGAUUGGCAGUACUACAAGGUUGUUCUCGUACUCCCUGACCUUUUCCUACCAGCAGAAGUGGAAAGUUUGGUCAAUAUGCUUAUCCAAGAUAUGGGAUUUGCGGCUGUCCUGGUUCAACAAGAGAGUGUAUGCGCAACUUUUGGUGCAGGCUUGAGUUCUGGCUGUGUCAUUCACGUUGGAAGCGAGCAGACUCAAAUUUGCUGCGUGGAUGAAGGACUUGUGAUUCCUGAUUCUCGCAUCAUGCUUGAUUACGGAGGAGAUCAUAUCAGCACAUACUUUAUGCAUCUUUUGCAGCGCGCCAAUUUCCCAUACCAGGAGUGCGAUUUAAGCAAACGACUGGCAGAUCGGUGGUUAGCGGACGAAUUGAAGGAACGAUUGUCUACGAUGGAUCCCACACAGCUAGGAUUGGUCAUCAAUGACUUCCAUGUUCGUUUGCCGGACAAACAAACACAAAAGUUCUCGUUGCGUACAUAUGAUGAGAUCAUUGUUGGACCGAUGUGUUUAUUCAAUCCUAGGGUGAUCACAUUCCCGACAUCAAGGAGGAAGCUACUACCCACUUCACCGACAUCGCUUGUGUCUGAUGAUGAGAAUGCGGAAACAGAAUCAGGAUGUUUGCCUACCACUGUAGCAAUGACAAAUUGUGUUCGUCAUCUCCUUCCUGCACCACCACCAACAGCGGUUGCUGUACCGGCUAUUGAAGGAUCAAAACAAACCACGCCUGUACCUCCUGCCAGUUCCAAACCGGAAGAACCGAGUAAGAUGGCUGAGAAUCAAGAUGGUGAAGCAUCCGCUGCACCGUCUGCAAGAACUUCUCCGGUACCUGCAACAAAUGGCGGAGCGAGUGAAGCAAAGUCCGUCAAGCCGAUCAACGCCUCCGAUGCAAUGGACGUGGACAAGGGAGAAAAGCCGACGAUUGACAUUCCCUAUGAAGCCAGUAAAGUAGCAUUAGAUUGGGCAGUAUGGAAUUCAAUUUUAGCAAGUGUUGUAUCAUGCAGUACGCAAAGUGCGAUUGAUGAACGUAUGAAACGGAUGGUGACAAACAUGUUUUGUGUUGGAGGAACGGCAUUAAUGCCUGGAUUAGGAAUGGCAAUCGAAGCAAGAAUUCAAAAUUAUCUUAGCCAAUGGUUUACUCAACAAAAUAAAGAUUCUAGUACGAUUCCAAAUGUUACAGUCGUUCCGCCUCCGCGUGAUAUGGAUCCAAGGAUUGUUACAUGGAAAGGCAUGGCAGUCUUAGCACGUUUGGACAGUACGCAAGAUAUGUGGGUAACGCGAAACGAAUGGAGAAUGUUUCAAAUGAGAGCUUUGAGGGAGAAGGCCUACUUUAUGAGCUGAUCACGCACAUACAAGAUGUAUUAUAAUUUACAAGCCUGAGAAAUGUUGAUAAUUAAAACUGAGCUACCAAGUCCAACCAUGAUGCCCUGUCAUGAGAAUUGGUGCAAUCGAUCGGAUUCGGACCGUUUAAGGUUAUGAACGUCAAUGCAUGCAUGCAAUUGGCGUAAAGCGGGGU